AUGGCCUCUGCGGCUGUGGAGAAGUUCGUGACCAAGCAAUUGGACCUGCUGGAGCUGGAGAGAGACGCGGAGGUGGCGGAGCGUAGGUCCUGGCAGGAGAACAUCUCUCUGAAGGAGCUCCAGAGCCGGGGCGUGUGUUUGCUGAAGCUGCAGGUAUCCAGUCAGCACACCGGGCUGUAUGGACGGCUGCUGAUCGCCUUUGAAUCCAGGAGAUGUGGGUCUGCAGCAACGCUUCCCAGUAACAGCUUUACUUCUGGUGAUAUUGUGGGUCUGUAUGAUGCUGCUAAUGAAGGCAGUCAGCUGGCCACUGGCAUCCUGACCCGGAUCACGCAGAAGUCGGUCACAGUGGCCUUUGAUGAGUCCCAUGAUUUCCAAUUGAGCUUGGACCGAGAGACUUCCUACCGAUUGUUAAAACUUGCCAAUGAUGUCACUUAUAAACGACUGAAGAAAGCUCUAAUUACUCUAAAGAAGUAUCAUUCUGGCCCCGCGUCCUCGCUUAUAGAGGCCCUCUUUGGUGGAUCAGUCCUCAGUCCUGCCAGUGAAAUACACCCACUAACGUUCUACAACACCUCCCUGGAUGCCUCCCAGAAAGAAGCGGUUUUGUUUGCAUUGUCCCAGAAAGAACUUGCCAUCAUCCAUGGACCUCCUGGCACUGGGAAAACCACGACUNUACUGGACAUGGUUCUAUGCUGUGCUCCUUCUAACAUUGCUGUGGACAAUCUUGUAGAGCGUCUGGCUCGCUGCAAGCAACGAAUUCUGCGCCUUGGGCACCCUGCCCGGCUCCUGGAAUCUAUUCAGCAGCAUUCCCUUGAUGCGGUUCUAGCACGGAGUGACAACGCCCAGAUUGUUGCAGACAUUAGGAAGGACAUCGAUCAUGUCUUU